AAUCAUUCUUCUCUUUUUUCUAUUUUUUUUUUUUUUAAUCUUAAAUGAAGCGAGGAUUUGAACAUCAAGAUCAGCCCAACAAAGCACAAAGACCUCGUUACGACUCUACGCCUUCUUCCGUAGCACAACAUUAUAAUGAACGGCCCGACGUUGGUGCUGUCAAACGUAAAGAAUCGAAAAUUAUCCGACUUCGAAGUUUUAAUAAUUGGGUCAAAAGUGUUUUAAUUCAUCGUUAUGUCAGACCUAAUCAAAACGUCUUUGAUAUGGGCUGUGGCAAAGGCGGUGACCUAAUCAAGUGGGCCAAAGCAAGAAUACAUCACCUCGUGGCUGCCGACAUUGCUGACGUGUCGUUGGAACAGAUGCAGAGUCGAUACAAGACACUAAGAGACCGAAGUUUUACAGCAGAGUUCUAUGCCAUGGACUGUUACCAAGAACUCAUUGCACCUAAAUUACGCCCAGAUCUACAAUUUGACACGGUGUCCAUGCAAUUUUGUCUUCAUUAUGCCUUUGAAAAUGAAAAAAAGGCACGUAUCAUGCUUCAAAAUGUGUCGAGUCGGUUACGUUCAGGAGGCAUGUUUAUUGGCACGAUGCCCGACUCGAAUUGGAUUGUAAAGCGCGUUAGACAAGAGCCUCCUCGAUCAUUUGGGUUUGGUAAUUCCAUUUACAGUAUCACCUUUGACGAUAUCCAAGAUACAGACGAUGAUCGCAAGAAAAUUGGCUUUUCCACUUAUGGCUGUAAAUACAUGUUUCAUCUGGUGGAUGCUGUAGAUUGUCCUGAAUACCUGGUUCACUGGCCAACCUUUGAAAGGUUGGCAGGGGAAUAUGGGUUGAAAUUGAAAUUUAAGGAAAACUUUCAUGAUUUUUACACUUCUGCUUCAAAAGAAGAGGAGCACAGUCGAUUACUUUCUCGCAUUGGGGUAAUUGGAGGACAAGCACCUGAAAUGACAGAAGAAGAGUGGGAAGCCGCUGGUAUUUAUUUAGCAUUUGCAUUUGAAAAGAAAUAA